AUGACCGAAGCAGAAGUGCGAUUCGGUUUAUUGGAGGACGUCGAGGAGGACGAGACGCGAGAAGACGUCGCGUCGCCAACGCAUAAUUAUCAAAGGCCGUCGCUUCGUUCAAUCUCGCAUUCGCAAGCGCCAUCAUCGGGAAAAGAUUUGGAGAGUCAAGACAAUGGAAGCGAUCAGCCGUCGAGUUGUGUCGAGCUCCACAAAACGGUCACCGGCUCGAUGACGUCGUUGUCGUCGCAACUGUUGAAUGGCUCGAAAAAAGCGAAAAAGAUCAACAAGUUCUACAGGAAGCAGAACGAGCUUCUUGAGAAUUUCAAGAACGACAGCGAACAAAUCGAGCAAUUCAAUCGAACACGCAAACGAACAAUUAGUAAUAAUGAUGACAUCGAUCUGGUGCCCGAAGUUCGCGAAGAGGAAGAGGAGCUCGAGAAAGAGCCCACCGCUCCGAUUGUCGAGUACGUGGAUGGAAAAGACGAGCCCGAAGUAGUCAUUGUUGCGCACCCAUAUAGUCCGAAACUUCGGCCCAAGCGAAUCGCCGGCGACACCGACGCGACCGAUGGAAGUGUGAAGUCGUCGGGAAAAGAGGAUUCCGGAGCGGCGUCGCGACUCGCCAAAAUCACAUUGUGCAUCAAUUUUAUGCUCAUGUGUGCCAAGAUCACCGCUUCGGUUCUGUCCGGCUCGAUGUCAAUAAUAUCAUCGAUGGUCGACUCGAUUGUCGAUAUAACCAGCGGCGCUGUCAUCAGCAUGUCGGAGCACAUGAUCAAGAAGCGGGACCCGUAUUUGUAUCCGCGUGGACGCACGCGGCUUGAGCCUUUGGCGCUGAUAAUUAUCAGCAUGAUUAUGGGAAUCGCAUCGAUUCAAUUGAUUUUCGCAUCGGUGAAUCGCAUUCAUUCGGCGAUACUAUUCGAUGUAUACGGGGAAGGCGAAGCUGCUCGCCUCGAUGUCACCCUGGUAUCGGUCGGAAUCAUGGUGUUCACUGUCGUCGUCAAACUCACAUUGUAUAUUGUUUGUAAAGGGUACACCGAUCCAUCGGUGAAUGUGUUAGCGAUGGACCAUCGCAAUGACUGCUUAUCAAACUCGGUUGCUCUUUUGUGCGCAUGGCUGGGAACUCAGUACUCGUACUACAUUGAUCCGAUUGGCGCGAUUCUCGUUUCAUUGUAUAUUCUGUACACAUGGGUGCAAACCGGCAAAGAGCAUUUGAACAAAUUAUCUGGAAGGACUGCCGAUCCCGAAUUCAUCAAUCGCAUCAUCAAAGUUUGCAUUGAUCAUGAUGCAAGAAUCACACAUAUUGAUACGGUUUAUGUUUAUCAUUUUGGAAGCAAAUUUUUGGUGGAGGUUCACAUUGUUCUCGAUGAGAAUAUGAUAUUGAAGGAUUCGCAUGAUAUCAGCGAGACACUUCAAGCCAAUAUUGAAAGUUUGCCAGAGGUUGAAAGAGCGUUUGUGCACACCGAUUAUGACUACGAUCAUCAUCCGCACGACGAGCACAAAGUCGUUUGA